AUGCUAAGUUUCUGCUCGGUUGUCUUCAAAAAGCUGACGGGCAAGAAGAACGCCAACGGCACCACCACCACCACCACAAAACCCAAAACCCCGGUCGGCAUCCUUGCCAUCCUCGACUGGAUAAUCUACAGCCUCCCCUUCCUCAUCUUCCUCUUCUUCGUCCUCGUCAUCGCCGGUUGCCUCGGCACCUCCCCGGGCAUCCCGAACCUGUACCUCGUCUCCCUGACCGAUGGCGACCUCAGCAUCCGCGUCGGCUACUUUGGCAUGUGCUUCGUGCGCACCAACGCCACCAUCGGCGAGGCCUGCGCCUCGACCUUUGGCCUGACGCCCGACGAGAUCUCGUCUCGCGUCCUCGAGCCCCCUUCUCGCACUUCCGAGACCAUCCCCUCCCUGAUCGCCACGGCCAAGGACCUGCAGCGCGACAUCCUAGCCCCGCUGUUCCCGGCCGUGGGCAUCGCCUUCGCCGCGGCGCUCGGCACGCUCGGCGGGCUGUGGCGGCUGCGGGGCGCUGGCAAGACGCCCGAGCCGACUUACUGGCGGCUGCGGCGGGCGGCGCUCGCGCUGCUGUUCGUCGGGGUCGCGCUCGCGCUCAUGUCGGCCCUGUCCACGACCCAGACCGUCGCCGCCGUCAAGUGGGGCGUGACCGAGGUGCAUGAUGGCGUGAGCGGCGUGUCGAGGACCGCCGGGCGCGGUCAGGCCGUCGAGGCUCUGCAGUGGGUCACCGCCGUGCUCAUGGCCGUCUUUGCCGUGCGCCUGGCUGCCGUGUACCGGACCCCGACCUCGGGUGGCGUUGCGGUCCAGGACGUCGAGUUGGGUCAGAGGGAGAACUGCCACGGUCAAGCAAAUCGUGCGUCUUCCAUGUACUCGAGGUAA